AUACACCUAAAAAUAUACACAGGAGAGAAUCUGUAUUCCUGCACUGACUGUGGGAAGAGAUUUACAACAUCAGCUCAGCUAAAAGUUCACCAGAGAACACACACAGGAGAGAAGCCUUACUCCUGCUCUGACUGUGGAAAUGGUUUCUCUCGACUGAGCAACUUUAAAACACAUGAACGUAUACACACAGGAGAGAAGCCUUACUCCUGUUCUGAUUGUGAAAAGAGUUUCUCUCAAUCGAGCUAUCUAAAACAACAUGAACGUAUACACAAAGGAGAGAAGCCUUACUUUUGCUCUGACUGUGGAAAAUGCUUCAUAACAUCAGCUGUUCUAAAAGUUCACUGGAGAACACACACUGGAGAAAGGCCUUACUUCUGCUCUGACUGUGGAAAGAGUUUCUCUCAACUGAGCCACCUAAAACAACAUGAACGUAUACACACAGGAGAGAAGCCUUACUCCUGCUCUGACUGUGGAAAAUGUUUCACACAAUCAUCUGAGCUAAAACUUCAUCAAAGAACACACACCGGAGAGAAGCCUUACUCCUGCUCUGACUGUGGAAAUAGUUUCUCUCGACGGAGCAACUUUAAAACGCAUGAACGUAUACACACAGGAGAGAAGCCUUUCUCCUGCUCGGACUGUGGAAAAUGCUUCAAACAAUCAUCUGAGCUAAAAGUUCAUCAAAGAACACACACUGGAGAGAAGCCUUACUCCUGCUCUGACUGUGGAAAUAGUUUCUCUCGACGGAGCAACUUUAAAACGCAUGAACGUAUACACACAGGAGAGAAGCCUUACUCCUGCUCUGACUGUGGGGCGAGUUUCUCUCAAUCGAGCCACCAAAAACAACAUGAACGUAUACACACAGGAGAGAAGCCUUACUUCUGCUCUGACUGUGGAAAAUGCUUCAGAACAUCAGCUAUUCUAAAAGUUCACCAGAGAACACACACUGGAGAAAAGCAAUACUUCUGCUCUGACUGUAGCGCGAGUUUCUCUCAACGGAGCCACCUAAAACAACAUGAACGUAUACACACAGGAGAAAAGCCUUACUCUUGCUCUGAUUGUGGAAAAUGCUUCUCAACAGCCACUAUUCUAAAAGUUCACCGGAGAACACACACUGGAGAAAAGCCCUCUGCUCUGACUGUAGGGUGAGUUUCUCUCAACUGAGCCACCUAAAAAAACAUGAACGUAUACACACAGGAGAAAAGCCUUACUCUUGCUCUGACUGUG